UUCUAGGGUUAAAUUUUUACCAAUGGGUCUUGAAUUAUAUUUCACAUUUUAAAUCAAGGGGUUCAAUUUUUUCACAAUUACAUGCAUGCAUAUACAUGAUUCUUGAAUAUUGACAAAUGAGUAUUUUUGUAAUGUUCUAAAGGUGUGAUUUCUAGAAUGAAUUUGCAAUGAGUUUACAUGAUUUUUGAAUAUUGACAAAUGGUUAUUUUUGCAAUCUUCUAAAGUUGUGAUUCUGAGAAUGAAUGCAAUGAGUUUACAUGAUUCUUGAAUUUGACAAAAUGGAUAUUUUUGCAAUCUUCUAAAGUUGUGAUUUUGAGAAUGAUUUUGCAAUGAGUUUACAUGAUUCUUGAAAUGGGUAUUUUUGUAAUGUUCUAAAGUUGUGAUUUUGAGAAUGAAUUGGCAAUGAGUUUACAUGAUUCUUGGAUAUUGACAAAUGGUUAUGUUUGUAAUCUUCUAAAGUUGUGAUCUUGAGAAUGAAUGGCCAAUAAGUUUACAUGAUUCUUGAAAACUUAAAAAUGAGUACUUUUGUAAUGUUCUAAAGUUGUGAUUUUGAGAAUGAAUUGGCAAUGAGGAGGAAAAAUGGUGAGUGUGGUACAAGUGAGGAGUGAAAAGGUACAACCUUUACAACAAGGGCAAGUGAUACAAAGGACUAGGUUGAAAGUUUGGUUUAUUAGUAUUUGUGCAAGUAUUUUGAUAUGGACCUGUUUGGUUCAGCUCUGGCAUUUGCGCCUGCUUUCGGGUUUAACUAAAUUAUCGGUUCGUGUUGAUGAGACUAUGCAAUCUCCUCCACCUCUGCUCCCAUUUAGAAAUUAUACAAGUAAUGGGUUUCUUCAAGUGUCCUGCAAUGGUGGUUUGAACCAAAUGCGUGCGGCGAUCUGUGACAUGGUGACUGUUUCACGACUUUUAAAUUUAACUCUGGUUGUUCCAGAGCUUGAUAAAUCAUCAUUCUGGGCAGAUCCUAGCGAUUUUGAGGAUAUUUUUGAUGUGAGACACUUCAUUGAUUCAUUAAGAGAUGAAGUCCACAUAAUAAAGAGACUGCCAAAGAAGUUUGUUAGGACAUAUGGUUACCAUCCGCUAGUAAUGCCUCCUGUUAGCUGGUCAAGUGAAAAGUACUACUUGCAACAGAUUCUGCCUCUCUUCAGCAAGCAUCAGGUUAUAAACUUCAACAGGACAGAUACUAGGCUAGCAAAUAAUGGGAUCCCUCUUGAGCUUCAGAGACUUAGAUGCCGGGUCAAUUUUCACGCUCUGAAAUUCACACCAAAGAUUGAGGCUUUGGGACAAAAGUUAGUCCAUAUACUUCAGCAGAAAGGACCAUUUGUAGCACUACAUUUACGAUAUGAGAUGGAUAUGUUGGCUUUCUCUGGUUGCACUCAAGGCUGCACCAAGGAGGAAGCAGAGGAGCUCAAACAGUUGAGGUAUGCAUUCCCAUGGUGGAAGGAGAAAGAGAUUGUCUCUGAUGAGAAGAGAUCCCAAGGCUUGUGUCCGCUCACCCCGGAGGAGGCAGCUUUGGUUCUGCAAGCAUUGGGUAUUGAAAAGGAUAUGCAGAUUUAUAUUGCAUCAGGUGAUAUCUAUGGCAGUGAAUGGAGGCUUGCUGCUCUGAGAACUGCCUUCCCAAAGAUCGCAAAAAAGGAAAUGCUCCUUGAUCCUGAAGAACUGCAGCAAUUCCAAAAUCAUUCGUCUCAAAUGGCAGCCCUGGAUUUUAUAGUAUCAACUGCUAGUAACAUAUUUAUCCCUACUUAUGACGGCAACAUGGCUAAACUUGUCGAGGGUCAUCGUAGGUAUCUUGGUUAUAAAAAAACCAUCCGAUUGGAUCGCAAAAUUCUGGUAGGGUUAUUGGACUUGCAUCAGAACCGGACCCUUUCGCGGGAUGAGUUUUCAGCUGCUGUGCGGCAGUCACAUGAGGGAAGAGUCGGACAACCAGCUCAUCGAAGAGUUAUUGAGGACAAACCCAAAGAAGAAGAUUAUUUUUAUGCAAAUCCUCACGAGUGUCUGUGUGAGAGUGCAACAUGUGAAGGCCCUGAUAAUUCAACUGCUGCAGUUCAAUGAGGCAUGUCAACCAAGAGCAUGACUUGCAUGGAUAUUCAAUUCCACAGCAUAACACACAAGCAUUUUAUAUAGAAAACAAAGCCGAAGGCUAAAAAAAUUUCGUUUACACGUCGAGAUUCUUUAGAGAAAGGCGAAAAAUGUGGCCUUUCGUAGUCAUCGGGUUGUUUCGUAAGAAUCAACAUGAGAGGGAAAAACAGGAAAUUGUGUAGAAACAAGUUUUGCUAUAUUUUAGAAAAGUAGAGAAAGUGCCAUGUUUGUCAAUAGAAAAUGCCUUCAACCAUUCUGUUCA